AUGAAGACCAGUGGCCGAUUUAAUAUUGAUCUUGAAUCAGAUAAAUUUAAUGAAUUAUUUUCCAACACAUCAUUUAAUUUACAUCGUCUAUUAAGUACAUGCCAAGAUGAUGUUAAUUUAGAUGAUUUACCCAAUUUUAGUUCACUUAAAUCACUUCUUUCAAUCGAACCUGGGGUAUGUACUGACUCUAUCACAAUUGAUCAACUGAUUUCAUUGACAAAUAUAAAUGAAGUUGGACAGCCAUGUCCAUCGUCCUCUUGCGUUUCAGCUAUUGACGGUGAUCAUCAUAUUUCACAAACUCGUAAAACGCCAUCACCUGACUUAAUUACCGACUUUUUUCCGCCAUCAUCGGAUCCACAAUACAAUGAUUAUCAGUUAAAAAUUGAACCUCAUUCUUAUAUGUGUCAACCCACUUAUGCCCAAUUGAAUACGCUUGAAUCAAUUAGAAUUGAUGAAUCACCUCAACUACUUCCACCACCGCCACCACCUACCUCUCUUGCUUGUCAACCUCAACAUUUUUCGUUUGAUGCUGCUGCUUUGGCAGCCAUUGAACAUGAUCAUGCAUUUAUGACAAAAAAAAUAACAGAAUCACCAUCAAAAAAACGUUAUCGUUCCCGUACACGUACACGAUAUGAAUCAACAUCCUCACUUGGCUCAAAUUCACUUCAAACAUCAUCUUAUAACAAUAAUAAUAACAAUAGCAAUGAUGAUUCUUCAUCAUGUUUUAAUACGCCUAAUUUGCUACCAGCAACAACAGCAUCGUCGUCAGAUACAUGUACGACACCAAGGACUAAACGUUCGCGUACAUCUCAUAUUGUAAAUCGUGCUGAUGAUGUUAAAACUGAAGAUGAUUUGAGUUAUUAUUUGGAACGUCGACGACGCAACAAUAUGGCUUCAAAAAAUUCACGUGCAGCUCGAAAACAAAAAUUUGGUGAUAUGGAUUAUAAAUGUGAUGAAUAUAAAAAAUUAAACGAAGAUUUAAGAAUAAAAAUUUCAACAUUAGAAACGGUUACAGCCAGAUUAAAAGAUGGAUUAGUACAAAGUUUUCAAACAGCCAAAAUUAAAAAAACAUGA